AUGUCUACGAACCAAGCCAUCCCCAACAAUCUUCCCGUCGGUAAAAGGCUGAUAACCUCUCACAAUGACGCAGGCCAAGCAGUUUUUCACACCGUCGACCAAGGUCAUCUCAAGCCCGUCCUGGGAGGUGUUGCUCAGUACAACACCGUCUACAGCACGGUAAAGACACCGAUAGACCUCGAGAACGAAGAGGACAUCUGUGUGAACGAAGCGAACCAAGACCUGCCCCUCUCGAUCCGUGGUGGUUCGGUGUGCAGAAUCGUGGAUAUGGAGCCCGGAGGCCGGGCCCCCAUGCACCGCACCGAGUCCGUCGACUACGGUAUCGUAAUCUUCGGAGAAGCGGAAUUGAUUUUGGAUUCUGGAGAGACGCAGUUGAUGCGCCCCGGAGAUGUGGUGGUCCAACGAGCCACCAAACACAGCUGGUACAAUCCGAGCAAGGAAAACUGGGUUCGGGUGGCCUUUGUUCUCCUCGAAGCGCUACCGGUCCGGGUCCAAGGCCAGGUGCUGGGUGAGGAAUUGUCGGGGCUGUCGUCAGAUCAUCCCAGCACGGCGAACUUCAAGAGUCACUAA